UCUUGUACAUUCUACUAUCUUCUCCCACCUUCCACUAACGCUUGCUUGCAACUAUAAAAGCCAGCCCUCGCCUCUCUGACUAUCAAACACGGUGUCUGCAGUUGUUCUGUUUACAUAUCAGAAGCAGUUGUACGCAACUAACAUUUAACCAUGUCUCGCGAUUUAAUGAUUCCGUUGAGCACAAUGCCCUGGGGGUUCUUUGACAGACAAAGGAGCUUAUUUUCGGAAAUCCAUAAGAAUAUGGAAGAUGAAUUUAAAAGAUUCGAUCUAGAAUUAGAUAGAAUUCGUAAAGAUUUGUUUAAACUGGAACCGUUGAGUAUUGAAGAUUUCGGUAAAACAAACAUGCUCCAAGUUGAAAACCCUAUUGUCAAAGACAGUGAAGGUAACAAAAAACUGGCGUUGCGCUUCGAUGUUAGUAACUUUAAACCCGAUGAAAUUUGCGUCAAGACCACCGACAACACUUUACAUAUACAAGCCAAGCACGAAGAAAAAACCCCACAGAAACAAGUAUACAGGGAGUUUAGUCGGCAUUACACUCUUCCAAAAUCUGUGGACCCUCUGAAGUUAUCAUCGAUUCUCACCAAGGACGGGGUCCUUCAUAUUGAAGCACCUGCACCAGAAGCAAUUGAAGCUCCGUCCGAAAGACUUAUUCCCAUUCAGAAAUGUUAAAAAAAAAAAAACAAAAAAAAACUAAAACAAAUGAUCUUUAAAUUUUCUCAUCUCACUUUAGAAGAAUCUGAAUCAUCGAACUUUAUAAAGGAAAAAAAAAAACUGAUCCUGAAAAUGGACAAUUUCACAUAGGUGAGCUACUUCGUUACAAACAUUUAUUUUACAAUGGCCCAUUAGAAGGACAUUUUCCUGUCAUUAUUAUACUCCUUAUAAGAAUUGUUCUGUAUUAAAUUACGAUAUAAAUUUUUUUCUGGAUAUUUUCAA